AUGAGUAGUACAUGGAUGUUUCUGUUUCUAGGAGUAUGGUUUCUGUGGAUUAUCGCAUCAAACGCUGCGUUGGUGGUUACCUUAAAUUACUGGGCACUAGUCUUUGAACCUCCCACAAACUUCAUGGACAUCGCAGUUCAUGCACUCAAUGCAACUGUCAUGUUUGUGGAGUUUUUCACGGCGUCCACACCGGUCCGUAUUCUACAUGUUCUGUAUGUAAUGAUAUUCGCAGUCGUCUAUAGUCUAUUCACUGUUAUAUUCUGGGCUGCUGGAGGAGUGAAUGUUGAUGGUGAUUCAUAUAUAUACAAGGUUUUAGACUACGAGAAUAGUGAUCCCGCUCAGGUCUCUGCUGUACUGCUUGGUAUCGUCUUUGUCGCCUCACCCAUUCUACAGACAAUUCUGUUUGCUCUAUACCAACUGAGAUGUUUCUUGCAUAGGAAGAAGGGAAGCUUGAACUGA